UUCCGAUGGUUAAACAGCAACAUGGAUACAUUUACAUGUCUGACAUCAUAAUAAGCUGACUGAAUAGAUAUCCACAAAAUCCAUUUGCAUCCUAUUCUCUGGGGCUGAUGAAAAGCCACUACUUAGUGUGAAGAUAGCCUGCAGACAGAAAGAAGGUGGAAGAGAACGUGCUAUACCUCACUGUAGUCUUCCUGCUGUACUUUCCAUUUCAGCAGCAGGCAUUUUGUAGCUAGACAAUAAUUCAAAUUUAAUACCAUCUAAUCCACAAUAUGGGCAACGGAGUCAGCUCUGAAUCAAAAGAAUCUGCCAAAAGGUCACGGGAACUUGAGAAAAGACUCCAAGAAGAUGCAGUGAGAGACGCCAGGACAGUCAAGUUGUUGUUACUGGGAGCUGGAGAAUCAGGGAAGAGCACUAUCGUGAAACAAAUGAAGAUCAUUCAUAAAGAUGGCUACACUGAUCAGGAAUGCAGAGAGUUUAGAUCUGUGGUUUACAGCAACACACUGCAAUCCAUUCUGGCUAUUGUAAAAGCAAUGUCCACACUGGGUAUUGAAUAUGGGAACUCAGAAAGCAAGGAAGAUGAAAGGCAGCUUUUUGCAAUCACAGAAUCCAUGGAAGAUGGCACAAUGCCUCCUGAGCUGGCUAGCAUAAUCAAACGAUUGUGGAAGGACCCGGGGAUCCAGGCCUGUUUUGAAAGAGCAUCAGAAUAUCAACUCAAUGACUCGGCUGCAUACUAUCUGAAUGACCUGGACAGGUUAACUGCUCCUGGCUAUGUCCCAAAUGAGCAAGAUGUCCUUCGUUCCAGAGUCAAGACAACAGGGAUUAUUGAGACUCAGUUUUCGUUUAAGGACUUGCAUUUCAGGAUGUUUGAUGUGGGAGGACAAAGAUCGGAGAGGAAAAAGUGGAUUCACUGUUUUGAAGGGGUAACUUGCAUCAUAUUCUGUGCAGCCCUGAGUGCCUAUGACAUGGUCUUGGUAGAAGAUGAAGAAGUGAACAGAAUGCAUGAAAGCCUCCACCUGUUCAACAGUAUCUGUAACCACAAGUACUUCGCUGCCACCUCUAUUGUGCUUUUUCUAAAUAAGAAAGACCUGUUCCAAGAGAAGAUUGCCAAAGUUCACCUCAGCGUCUGCUUUCCAGAAUACGAUGGAACCAACACUUUUGAAGAUGCAGGAAAUUACAUUAAGAACCAGUUCUUAGACCUAAAUCUACGGAAAGAAGACAAGGAGAUAUAUGCCCACAUGACUUGUGCUACGGACACCCAGAAUGUUAAGUUUGUGUUCGAUGCUGUGACAGACAUCAUCAUCAAAGAGAAUCUGAAGGACUGUGGCCUCUUCUAGCCCCCUCCACCACACCCUGACCUCCUUCACUCCGCUAUUCCCCUUUCUCUUUCCCAUGGCCUCUGCUUAAUUUGUAGAGUGUUUCUGAUUAG